AUGGAAGACAUAGACUGGCGCCGCAUAGCGGAGAACCGUUUGUCGCAGCAGGGCGGUGGGAAGAAGUAUUGGGCGAAUGAGCCUGAUACAGCGCCAGAGAUGUCGAAGCUUCAGGUACGAGAGGACAUCACGGAUGACACGAUUAGCCUCGCAUCGUAUUGGUAUAUCGUCAUGUCACCCAAUUUUCGUAUUUCCGCACUUCUAUCGCUGCGCAUCACAAUGGUUGUGGUUCUUCCUUUGAUGAUCAUCUCAGACAGGUUCCAAAACAUCUUCCCAAUGUACAUUGUCCUAGGCUUGUAUGGCAUUGUCUUCUCGCAGGUGACGGUGGGUGAGCAGAUUGCCUCGCUGAUUACCACCCUUCAAACGGUUGUCUGGGGAAUGACGUGGGGGAUGCUGAUGCGGAUCUUCAACACUUUGGCGUACCCUUCUGCGUGGUGGUCCGCUAUGUUUUUUGGCUGCUUUUUUGUAGCACUUUUCGGGGACCUGCGUUGCCGGCGCUUCGCCAUACUAAUGACAACGCUUAUUAUGGAGGUGGAGCGGAUGAACUCUGCGAAUAAUCCCUUCCUCCCCCUCCUAGUGGCUCGCGACAUGCUUUUUGCUUCUGCAUUCGCCCUGGUGCAGGUGGUUCUGCCACCCUUCACGAUGACUAGCCGGGCUGAUGAAGCGAUGGCCAAGUCGUGGGUGUACGUGGGUGAGAUGGUGCGCAACGCCGCCAAAGCCUGCUGGGCACAGGACCCCAUUGAGAUUGCGGCAGCACUUCGAAUGCUGAACACAGAGCCGCUGCAUAAUACGUUCGUCACUGUCCCUGGUCAGCUGUUCUUUGUUAUGUAUGAGCCGUGGGUGUCGUCACUGCGGUUGCAGCUGCGGAGGGAACGUCUUGAGGUGCUGCGAAAACUAAUGCCCAUGUUGCACGCCAUGGCGUACGCGGCCCGUGCACUGAAUUCAGGAAAGACGCCACGGCCCCAAGGGGAGGGGGUAAAAAACGGCAUGAGUUCUGCUGUAGAUGCGUCUCGGGUGCGUCUGGAAGGUCCUCUGAAUGAUUAUCUGGGCGCCCUAGAAACCACACUGAAGAACCUGGGAAGCGUCUUGAGCCCACAUGAGGUGGUGGAAACAGUGCGGUUCGAUGAUCUUCAGACGGCCACGUCACACCUGCAGGCCGCCAUCGACUCGCUGCACUUCGACACGAUGACAUCCAGCCGUGUUCCCAUGGACCCUGUGCGGUACAUCCACUUCGUGUUUUUCCAUCUCAUGAUGGUGCUGCUGAGUGAGGAGCUGCUCAAGUAUGCCGAGCUCAUGCGAAACUUUGAUCGCAAGCGGUACAAGUCGAGUUUGCGCCGCGUUUUCGAGUUCUUCUUCCUGGACCAUUGGAACGACUUCUGGAGUGAACUGCCGAAGCGUCUCACACUGGCCACACCGCGUGAUGUUCGGCUAGUGAAGGAUGCGUUAAAGCUCGCCUGUGGCUACACUGUGGCGUGUGCGUACACACUCUACAUCGACACUGAAAACGUCUAUUACUUUGGGAUGGCGAUCCUCAUGGGUGUGGGCCUCCCAACCGCUGGCGAGUCAUUGAUGAGUGGCGUGCAGCGGGUGGCUGGCCUCGUGUUCGCCACAUCUAUUGCGUUUGUGGGGCAGAUGCACCACAACACAGAGGUGCAGAAGUAUGCCAUGGGGCUUGCGGGCGUUUUUGCAUCAUUAUUUUUGCGCGCGUUCCCAGCCUACUUGCACUGCGGCAUUUACUGUGCAAUGAUGAUUCCUACGUCAAUGCAUGUUGUUGGCUUGCCGUUGACAGCGUUGUCCCGUCUGGUAGCGAACUGCUUCUCCGUGAUGACGUACUACGCCAUAGUUGUGUUCGUAUUCCCCGUUGAUCCCAUUAAGGUGCUGCACAACACGGAGGUUGGUGCAAUGAAGGGUCUUUCAGACAGUUUUUGUGAUCUGAUGCAUCUCGUGUCGGCUCCACUUGACACGCCGGGAACCGGGGUAAUGGAAUACCUCCUCGAGGUCCAGAAACGCCGUGGUAGCUUGUGGGCCACCGUGCAGCAGGUGCCGCUGCAGAUCCGGACGGUGGCUGCGGAACCGACCAUUCGCGGUAUGCCGUACCCCGUGCACGAGCAGGAGGAGUUCGCACCGGUGCUGCGUCGUAUUACUGCGUCAUUGGAUAUAAUUCUGAUGGGCCUUUUGUGCAUCCAUCGGGAGCGUGUGAGUCCCAUUGAGGAGGAAUUCCACCAGGCUCUGGAGACUAUAAAGCCGCUGGUGCGGAACAUCGACCGACAGAGUCGUUACGUCAUGCAGGACUUUGUAGAUGCGGUGCAGCAGCCGACCAAGUGGGCAUUAGACGGUGCAAUGGAUCACUUCUCGGCCCUGCUGGAAGUGAACUGUGAGCUCAGGGAUGCCUUCAAUGAGACUUACAGCAAUAUUUUGGCUGCAAUUCGGUGGAAAGCUAAUCAACUCCGCCAAGGCAACACAAGAGGGCGGCAGCAACAGGCUGCUGGCGAUGAUGCAGCAUUCUUCCCGCCGGAUGUGGAGAUAACGAAGCCACCGUACGGCAACAGCAACGAGACCGAAGACGAUGACGAACAUGCGGCAGGACGUCAUGAGCUCACGGCGCCGCGCAAUGUGAGUUUCAUGCUUCGCCCGGAGGAGUUCACUAUCAAUCAUGACAUGAAUAUGAGUAUCGCUUUACUAGUGGGAAUCGAUCUGUUCUGUUCCGAGUUGGAGAAAUCGCUGCGGAUAAUGUUAUAUGUGAACCGCUUUGAGCGAAGUCGUCGUCCUCAGCAUAAGAUGAAAGUUACGAGGGAUAGAAAGAAAGAUGGCGAAGUGGGGGCCUAA